AUGGGCACCCGGCAGACCAAGGGCAGCCUGGCGGAGCGAGCCGGCCCCGGCGCGGCGCCGGGCCCCCGGCGCGAGCGGCCCGACUUCUGGGCGUCGCUGCUGCUGCGCGCCGGGGACAAGGCGGGGCGCGCGGGCGCGGGCGCGGGGCUGCCCCCCUACCACCGGCGCGUCGGCAUGGUCCAGGAGCUGCUGCGGAUGUUGCGCCAGGGCCGGCGGGAGGAGGCGGGGACGCUGCUGCAGCACCUGCGCCAGGACCUGGGCAUGGAGUCAACCUCGCUGGAUGACGUCCUGUACCGCUAUGCCAGCUUCAGGAACCUGGUGGACCCCAUCACGCACGACCUCAUCAUCAGCCUGGCCCGCUAUAUCCACUGCCCCAAGCCGGAGGGCGAUGCACUGGGCGCCAUGGAGAAGCUGUGCCGGCAGCUGACAUACCACCUCAGCCCCCACUCCCAGUGGAGGCGCCACCGCGGGCUGGUGAAGAGGAAGCCCCAGGCCUGCCUCAAGGCGGUCCUGGCCGGGAGCCCUCCGGACAACACGGUGGACCUGUCAGGCAUCCCGCUGACCUCCCGUGACCUGGAGCGGGUGGCCAGCUACCUGCAGCGCUGCGGGGAGCAGGUGGACAGUGUGGAGCUGGGCUUCACGGGCCUCACGGACGACAUGGUUCUGCAGCUGCUGCCGGCGCUCAGCACGCUGCCCCGGAUGACCACUCUGGCCCUCAACGGCAACCGGCUGACGCGGGCCUUGCUGCGCGACCUCACCGACGCCCUCAGAGACCCUAGAAAGUUCCCCAGCGUCACGUGGAUCGACCUGGGCAACAACGUGGACAUCUUCUCGCUGCCCCAGCCCUUCCUGCUCAGCCUACGCAAGCGCUCCCCCAAGCAGGGCCACCUGCCCACCAUCCUGGAGCUGGGCGAGGGCCCAGGCAGUGGGCAUGAGACCCAGGAUGAGGCCCUGGGCCCAGAGGAUCCCGGAGGGGGCCCCAAAACCCCCACCAGAGACCAGGAGCACAGGGAAACUGUAGGUGCAACCCAGACGUGA